AUUUAUGUCCGAUUGACGCCAUUUUGUAGGUAGUCGUUUGUUAUAUUAAAAAUUUUAGGAAUUUCUUCGUUUUCAAAUUGAAUUGAGUUUAUUUAUUGAAAAAGUUGUAUGUUUUAAUUUGAAAAUGUCUAAACGGAGGAUUGAAGUAAUGGAUCCUUUUAUUAAAAAGAAACGCGAGGAAAAAGCAGCGGCUGCUGCUAAAUCCGGCGGCAGUGGUGAAGGGUCAUCAGACUCCGUGGCCAACCUAGGAACAUCUCUAUCCAGCACCUCAAGCGCGCCUGGGAUUAAUCCAUAUAGUGGUCUACCACACUCCCCACGCUACCAUGAACUAUUGCAAAAACGACUGGGUCUCCCUGUAUGGGAGUAUAAAAAUGAUUUUAUGCGUCUUCUCAAUACACAUCAAUGUGUUGUGCUUGUUGGAGAAACAGGAUCUGGUAAAACUACACAAAUUCCUCAGUGGUGUGUUGAAUUUGCUUGCGUUACUGCAAGUAAAUCCAAAGGCGUUGCCUGUACUCAGCCAAGAAGAGUAGCAGCCAUGUCGGUGGCUCAAAGAGUGGCUGAAGAAAUGGAUGUAGCAUUAGGACAGCAAGUCGGUUACAGUAUCCGUUUUGAAGACUGUUCAGGACCACAGACAGUAUUAAAAUACAUGACAGACGGUAUGUUGCUUCGUGAGGCAAUGUCGGACCCAAUGUUGGAUCAAUAUAGAGUAAUUUUACUUGACGAAGCUCAUGAAAGAACAUUAGCAACAGACAUUCUAAUGGGUGUCUUGAAAGAGGUUAUAAAACAGAGACCAGACCUGAAACUAGUUAUUAUGUCUGCUACGCUAGAUGCUGGCAAAUUCCAACAGUACUUUGAUAAUGCACCACUAAUGAAUGUUCCGGGACGAACACAUCCCGUAGAAAUAUUCUAUACACCUCAGCCCGAACGGGACUACUUACAGGCGGCCAUACGUACUGUGAUACAAAUACAUUUAUGUGAAGAAGUUGCAGGUGACAUUCUCCUAUUUUUGACUGGUCAAGAAGAGAUUGAGGAUGCCUGUAAGAGGAUCAAACGGGAAGUUGACAACUUGGGUCCUGAUGCCGGUGAACUAAAGUGCAUUCCAUUAUAUUCCACUCUGCCCCCAAAUCUCCAACAGAGAAUCUUUGAGCCUGCACCCCCGAACCGCCCCAACGGUGCUAUUGGAAGGAAAGUUGUGGUAUCUACAAAUAUAGCUGAAACCUCUUUAACGAUAGAUGGUGUAGUGUUUGUGAUAGACCCUGGAUUUGCUAAGCAGAAAGUGUAUAACCCAAGGGUCCGUGUAGAGUCUUUACUGGUGUCUCCAAUCAGUAAGGCUUCUGCCCAGCAGCGGGCUGGACGUGCCGGGAGAACUCGCCCCGGAAAGUGCUUCAGGUUGUACACGGAGACAGCCUACAAGAAUGAAAUGCAGGACAACACAUAUCCAGAGAUUUUGAGAUCAAACUUAGGGUCUGUAGUUUUGCAGUUGAAAAAGUUGGGGAUUGAUGACCUCGUGCACUUUGACUUCAUGGACCCACCGGCCCCCGAGACACUUAUGAGGGCCUUGGAGCUGCUCAACUAUCUCGCUGCCUUGGAUGAUGAUGGAAACCUGACAGAUUUGGGUGCGGUGAUGGCAGAGUUUCCUUUAGACCCGCAGUUGGCGAAGAUGUUGAUUGCAAGUUGCAACCACAAUUGCUCCAAUGAGAUUUUGUCUAUCACAGCGAUGUUAUCAGUGCCUCAAUGCUUUGUUCGGCCAAACGAGGCGAGGAAAGCCGCGGACGAAGCCAAGAUGCGUUUCGCUCACAUCGAUGGAGACCACCUCACGUUGCUCAACGUUUAUCACGCGUUUAAACAGAACAUGGAGGACCCUCACUGGUGCUAUGACAACUUCAUCAACUACAGAUCACUCAAGUCUGGAGACAAUGUCAGGCAACAGUUAAGCAGAAUUAUGGAUAGAUUUAAUCUGAAAAGGACAAGUACGGAGUUUGCAAGUAAAGAUUAUUACAUUAAUAUAAGGAAAGCACUCGUCAAUGGAUUCUUUAUGCAGGUAGCACAUCUGGAGAGAAGCGGCCAUUACCUAACAGUGAAGGACAACCAGAUUGUGCAGCUGCAUCCGUCGACCUGUCUGGACCACAAACCCGAUUGGGUCAUUUAUAAUGAAUUCGUGUUGACCACCAAGAACUAUAUACGGACCGUUACUGAUAUUAAACCUGAAUGGCUGCUACGCAUCGCCCCACAGUACUACGAACUAAAUAACUUCCCAGUGUGCGAAGCGAGACGGCAGCUGGAACUACUGCAGGAGCGUCUCGACUCCAAGUCCUAUCAGGAAGGCUUCUAAAUUCACGGGGCCCCAAAUGGGGCCUCCCAGUAGUGGGUUCCAUUAAAAACUAAGUGAAUGCGUGAUUUUAUGUGCUAAGUUAGUAAAUGUACUGGCACCUUCUGAAUACACCAAUCUAUAGUUGAGGAUCAUCAUAAUUUUUAUAAAGAUUUAAAAAAUAAAAUCUUUUAAAAACUUAAAAGGCCGGCAACGCAUUUUAUAGAACAGUGAUCCCGCUCAUAGACAAUCACAUUGCCAGAGGGCUCGCGAGUGCGUUGCCGGCCUUUUAAGUGUUGCGCUUCUUAGGACCCUACACAGUAGCGAGCCCUUUGGCAAUGUGUAUGGGCGGUAUUACUGAAAAUUAGGUGAGCCUUCGUGAGCUUCGAAGUACUUCCAAACGGGGCCCCAGUACUUAGACUUAGGGAGCGUUCAAGUAUUACGCCACGCAAUUUUUGGAGAUUAUUGACACACACACACACACCCCCCUGGUAACGCGCCGUAACGUUUUUUGUACCCAAUAGUAAAACGUUUCAAAAGUGACUCUUUAUACAUAAAAGUUACCAUAGUAUACGUUACGUUACAUACGUUAUCCCCGCCCCCCCAAAUUCGUUACGUAAUACUUGAACGCUCCCUUACCAGCCCAUUGGAAAAUAUGAUUUUAGUGCUCUGAUGUUUUUUUUAUGUAUAGAAGUUUUGUUAAUAUCGAAUUUGAAUCUUAAAAUUUUAGACUAAUCACCUUUGUAAUUAAUUUAAUAGUGAUUUAGAUUCUGUUCACAAUAUCUGAUGUCGGGGCCCCAUUUAUAGCUAUUGCUAAAUAUUGGGCGAUGUUACAAAAGUAUGCUAAUUAUACUUUAAUACAA